AUGUCUGGCUCAAAAUCAACUAAAGUUUCUACCAAAGCUUCGAAAACUAAGGUCAAAAGCGACAGUUCAAAAAAGCAUCCAACCGCUUACAACAAAUUCAUGCAGAUUGAAAUUCCAAAAGUGAAGACUGAGAAUCCUACUAUCCAACAUAAAGAUGCAUUUAAACUUGCAGCCGGUCGUUGGAAAGAUAGUCCUGAGAAUCCAAAAAAUGCACAAUAA